UUUCUUUUCAUUGAACAAACACAAACCAUCUGUCAAAUAAUUUUCAUUCAUAUUUCCUAUUUUACUAGCCUCAAGGAAGUUUUUAUCAAUUACAUAAAUUAAAAUCAUGUCCUGGCUGGUUAAUUCACUCAAAAAAGUAACAUCCAUAAACCAAUUAUGGUACCCAGUAGUCACAGCUUCACGACAACUUUCUCACGAUGAGAGACGAGCGCGUGGACCGCUUGUUCGCCGCUAUGGUUACAAAGACAAGAUUCUUCAAGGUGGUAUGCUACCUCAUUGGGAUAACAAUCAAAAGCUUCCCAUGCCCGAUUACAGACCAAAAAAUCCAUGGGUAGAGAAACGAGCUCUCUUCGGACAGAAUGACUACAUUGACAUUUUGGGCAAUGACAACUUACAUCCAACCAAAGUUCUGUAUUCAGUUCCAUCUUGGAUGCGCGGUGUCUCUGGCAAUGAGUAUCAGGUUUUACUUCGCAAGAGGAAAAUCAUGAUGAAGACAAAAUAUCCAAUUGCAAAACCUACCAAUUGGAAGAAUUUACAAAAGCGCAUUCUGUAUCUUUAUAAAUUCUUGAAUCGUAAAACAAAGACUGGCUAUUCAAAGCAGUAGGUUUAUUUGUGUUGUUGUUGAGACUUUUUAAGUAAUAAAAAAAAAAAUAAAGCCUGAAAUUGGUAUUCGUUAUAA